AUUAGUUCUCACAAGUCACACCUUUAUAAACCAAACUCUCUAGUCCCUUAAUUCAUUUCUUCAACCUCCCCUCCCUCACCCCCCAUUAAAUGGGCAUCGCUAUUCCCAAACCAACAAUUAAAUGCAGCAACUGGACUCUCCACCUACCUCUCUCUUUCUCUCUCCUAAAAAAAUUAAACUCCCUCAAACUCAUCAAUUUUUCCUCUUCCACAUCUCACCUCUCUUUUUCUCUCCCUAAAAAAUGAAACUCUCCCUUAUUUUCUCUCUCCUCCAAUGUCCGCCAUUUCUCCACCUUCCUCCCCUCACUUCACUCUCUCUCUUCAAAACCUCGGACUCGGCUACGCCAUCGCUAUCUCUUUAGGUUUCCUCGUACUCUUCUCCGCUCUCCUCCUCUCUUCUUACAUCUGUUGUCGCGCCAACCGCCGCCGCAUCAUCCGCCAACAUGUCUCCGACAACUCCAACGCCAUCAUCGUACCUCGUAUCAUCUUUGUCGCUGAAGACGACGACAACGACGAGGAAAAUCAAAACAGAGCUUCAAACGGCGUCGUUGGACUUGAUCGUGCUGUCAUAAAUUCUUACCCUAAGUUUCAAUUCUUUAAGAAGAAUCUAGAAAGUAAGGAUAAUAAUAAUAAUAAUUAUUAUAGUAAUGGUGAUAAUUUGAUGUGCUCAAUUUGUUUGUGUGAUUAUAAAGAAGGUGAGAUGUUAAGGAUGAUGCCUGAUUGUAAGCAUUUUUUUCAUUUGUGUUGUCUUGAUGCUUGGCUUAAACUUAACGGUUCUUGUCCUGUUUGUCGGAAUUCUCCGUUACCUACGCCGGUUUCUACGCCGUUAGCUGAGGUUGUCCCCCUUUCUCAGUACGCUGAUAAUCGUCGUAGGUCUACUGUCGUUUCUUCUGCUUAAUUUUGUACUUUGUAAAUCUUCAUUUUUAGGUACUAGGAAAACUGUGUGAUUGAUUGAUUUGAUCCAAACAAGAGCAGAUGUAAACACAAAGUUGAUUUACUGUUUCUUUCUUUUUGUCUAUUUUAUCUAAAUAGUAGUUAUCUAAUACGAAGUACGCAAAUUUCUACUUCCUCGGUUUCA